UGGUUCACUUAUCGCAUUACAAUGAAGAAAAAAAUUAUACUGUUACAUAUUUUCUUUUGGUGGCUAGUGAUCGAUACUGGGAAAUGCGAAAUCAGAAAUAAAUCCGAGUAUAACAAAAUGCCAAAGGUGUUUCAAUACGAUCACUACGACGAUUGCCUGUAUGGAGAUCCAGAACGGGAAGCAGCCUAUUGUCUUGUGAGGGUUGUCAUUGAACCAAAUAACCGUUCCGAAGUGUGGAAGUUAAUCGAAAAAUACUCGAGCAAUUGGAAGCUAGACCUCAAUCAUGCCGCGUUGGACCGAGGAGUGUGCAUCAACAACGCGGAAGUCGUUCUGGCCGAGUUCAAGGAUAAAAAUGUCAGCGAGUUGAUUGUGCCAAAGUUCGAGAUUGGGUUUCCGUACAAAAUCGGCAACAGCGCAUUCAGAAAUAUCGAUGUAUAUCAGAAGAAUUAUUCCACACUAGUCGAUGCCAAAAUCAAUAAGGGCCUAGUCGAGAACUACGGUCUAAGAGCAUACACCGAAAUAGAGUAUUGUGAUAGAACAAAUGUUGAUGAGUUCCCAAUCGAUAAUCUAGAUGUAGCCUUCCUAGUGAUUUUGGCCACUUUAAUAGUUCUGAUGAUACUAUCCAGCUGGUAUGACUACUCGUGUAAGCUAAACAUUGGCCUAGACCAUUACCGCGAGAAUAUGCCCAGUAAAGCAUCCAUGUUCCUUGCAGCGUUCUCAGUAAUUCGCAACUGGUACCGCCUGACAUCUCACUCGAGAGACCCCGUGAAUCGUGAUUUACGGUUCAUACAAUCGGUGCGGUAUUUCACAUUUGUUCUAAUACUGAUCGGGCACGCAUGCAUGUUGAUGCAAACUCGCACCGCCUGGUUUUUAGAGGAGAAAUUCCGGAAACCGGAGAUCAUGAUCAUCGUAAACGGGUUCCAGGUUGUGACUACGUUCUUUGCAAUCAGCGCCCUAGUGUUUACCAUAAUGUACAUUCAAAAAGUUCGAGAAAGUGGUCGGAAGCCAGGAGGACUGGGGACGAUACUGAUCAUUAUAUUUCGCUAUAUUCGGCUUACGCCAGUCUACGCGUUGGUCCUCUUAUUUGAAGCCACAUGGUUUGUACGCCUACAGGAUGGCCCAUUCUGGCGAAGGGCUACUGAAACAGGACUGACCUACUGCCGCCGCAAUUGGUGGAUUAACCUUCUGUACCUGAAUAACUACUUCACUCUCGAUCAACCGUGUAUGCAACACUCAUGGUACCUGGCCUGCGACUUCCAGUUAUCGAUAGUCGGAGUUAUUCUCGUCACAUUAAUAUUGAGAUUACCGAAACUGAAGCUCUCGGUACUGACGGGCGCACUCACAAUUACCUUUGCCAUACCUGUAGCAGUUAUCUAUCUGAAUGGUUUCGAUGGGGUCUCAAUUUUUUCUCCAGAAGGCCGACGAUUAUUGUUUUGGUACGAUGUUGGCUAUCACAAAACGUAUUUGCCGACGCAUAUGCAUCUUAACAUGUGCGUAGUUGGAGUCGUCCUUGGAUUUCUAUACUGGAAGGUUAAAAACUCUAACUACAAUUUACGUUCGAAACGGAUCUUCCGAAUAGUAUGGUACCUAUUGUUCCUACUUUGGCCCACUCUGUUCCUGUCGGGUCAGCACUUCUACAUCAACGAUUAUCCCAAACCGUCGGUUUGGAUGUCCAUAUAUUUCACAGUUGCUAGAAGCUUGUGGGCACUGUUACUAUGUAUCGGAUUUUUCGGAUUCAUCUAUCGGGUGAACAAACCGCUGACCCGGCUGCUGAGCAUUCGCCUAUUUGAAGUACUAGGACGGUUAACCUAUGGAGCUUACGUGGUGCAUUUCUUUAUCAUGAAAAUUAUGUUCUACAACGUGCGACAUUUGGAUGAUUUUGAUGCAUUCGAUACAUCAGUACGAAUCAACGCCACACUCUAUUUGUCCUACGUACUUUCGUUGGCGUUAACUUUGCUGGUCGAACUUCCAGUUUCAGCUAUUCAGAAGCUGCUUAUUCAGAGCAUUAUGAAACCUACCAAACAACAUAACCGCGAAGAUGGCAAUGCGGGACAAACGGACGAGGAUCAACAUUCAAAAGGGAAUGGUCGCAUCAAUGGCGGAUAUGUCUUAGAAGCAACGUUCAAAGGUUUGCCGGAAUUUCAGCAGCAAUCGUAAAAAAGGGUAAACUCGAUUAGCUAUUGCACAGUUGGUCGCAUGCCAGCCGCCACAUGUAUGGGAUCGAUAAAUUUUCUCACGACCUUGUACGUUUUCCCUAAACUCUAGUGUAUAUCGAUGUGGUGAACAACCCAACCUGCUCGAUGGUAGUGUUAAGAUUAUAUAGAAUUUAUACAAACAAGAUUUUCUAUUAAAUAUAUUUGUUACAGUUGCAUAUCGAAAUACUCCACUAGCGCUGCGACAAAUGUUUAUUCACUCGUUCUAUGCGUAUGCAUAAUUGUUCGAAAUAUGCACACUAGCUGCGACGAUACGCGAGCGACUGGAACAGUAGCAAUAAAUGGUAGUAGAACCUCCAGUAAAGACCACGACUUUCUUUGUUUAGCUUCUCAACCGAAUUUUUCAUUAUGCUAUAUUUUUCCUUAGUAGAGAAAUAUUUCUAAGAUAAAAAUUAUUUUUCUCCAUUAAGGAGAAAAUUGUCUAAAGCCGUCAUGCGCAGAGAUCGUGAAGAACACAAAACCUAUAAGUAAAGUAGUUAGGGAAUUUGCGUUUCACUUCGUGUGAUCAGAAUCCGACAGUAACCUAGCGACAGGACUGAGCAAGCGCCGAAUUGACACAUAAACGAAAACACUAUUUGUGAAUCUGAGUAAACCCCAGUCCUGCGUGAUGUCCCGCAAUAAAAGGAGUUCUGAUUAAGCUGAUGGGAAUUAAUGAUAUUAAUUAUUCAGAACUCCUUUGCUUGCGGAACAUCAUGCAAUACUAGGGGUUUGCGCAGAAACACAAAUAGCAUUUCGUUGUGAAGCUAGCGUCAAUCCUGCACUAGCUUAGUCCUGUCAAUAAGUAAAUGUCGGAUUCU